AUGAACGCCCUGUAUAUAGUGUAUAGUAAGGAUUACUUAAUAAAAAAAGUUAGCCCCUUUAUAGCUAAUCUUGUUUUACAGCUAUUUGGAGAGGCCUCGACAAAUGAAGAUGACAUCAAGACCAUCGCAGAGUCGGACGAUGCUAUUGAAAGAAUCGUUGGAACCGGGAAUGGAAUGGAGCUUGAUUACUUCCCUUGGCUUCGGUUCUUUGGAAAUAGUGCAUACCAAACAAUUAAGCAUUUCGUUACUUGUCGAAAUGAGCUUUAUGACAGGUGGAUCCCCAACUCAAAGGGAACGAUGGAGAAAGGAAAGAUUCGGGGCAUGGUCGACUGGUUGCUAGUAUCACAGGAGAACCACCCAACAUUCACCGACACCAAUCUUCGAAUGACGUUGCAAGAUCUUCUACACGCAGGUAUCACAACAACAGAGAGUACCAUUGAAUCAGGGAUUCUUAUAUUAACGAACUUGCCGGAUAUUCAAGAAAAAGUCCAAAUGUCUAUUGACAAGGGGCUUGGGAGAGAUAAGUUCCCUACAUUAGAUGAUAGAAGUGACCUUCCGUACGUUGAUGCAUUCAUCUUGGAGACCAUGCGCUACAUCUCUAAUGUCCCAUUUGCCGUGCCACACAAAGCUACGAAGGAUACAACACUCGGAGGUUAUUUUAUUCCGAAGGAUACCCAGGUAGCAAUUCGUCCAAUCAAAAAGUAG